AUGAAUUUUAAAGCCGCCAUGGUUGGGUCUAGUUCAGCCACUUCAGAUGCCACCAGUGGUAUGGCUUCAUCGGGGACAAUUUCACAGUCAAAUUCGAUAGUUUCCUUCUCUGAAAAUUCCCUUCAAAUUACCGUUCACAAAUUGAAUGGAAAGAAUUACCUUGAGUGGUCUCAAUUCGUGCGACUGGUGAUCGACAACAAAGGGAAAUAUGGGCAUUUGAAUGGAGAAGAAAAACCUCCAGCCACCAGUGAUCCAAAAUACAGGCAAUGGCGCUCAGAAAACUCCAUGGUGACUGCCUGGUUGAUCAACUUGAUGGAUCCGGUUGUUGGAAAGCCCUUCAUGUUCUUGCCCACAGCCCGUGACGUUUGGGAGGCAGUCCGGAAACUAUGGCAGGAAUUGGAUAUGUUCGAAGAUGAACAAUGGGAAAACUCUAAUGACAAUGCUCGGUACAAAAAGAAGGUUGAGAGAGGCCGGGUAUUUGUGUUCUUGGCUGGGUUGAAUAAAGAUCUUGAUGAGGUUCAAGGACGUAUAUUAGGAAAAAGACCCCUGCUAACAAUAAGAGGUAUUUGCAGAGGGAAUCAAAGAGUUAAAUUGCAGAUGGCUCCUUUGCUACGGUUGCUGGGAAUAGAUUUAACCUCGGAGAAGAUGAUUGGGGGUGCUAGACUGGAUAGUGGUCUCUACCUCUUCAAUAAUGGAUCAACCUUUGGAAGACAAGAUCAACAGGCCUGUUUCAAUUCUAUUUCUGUUUCUAGUGACAGUUAG